UGAAGCUUCUGUGUUGCUACCUGUGUGGCGCUGUUCUCUACACUGGCCACAGGAUCCGUUAGGAGGGACGCAGACACCCGGGUGCUGGGAAAUGGACUCAGUGGCCUUUGAGGAUGUAGCUGUGAGCUUCACGCAGGAAGAGUGGGCUUUGCUAGAUCCUUCCCAGAAAAAUCUCUACAGAGAUGUCAUGCGGGAAACCAUCAGGAACUUGGCCUCUAUAGGGAAAAAACGGAAAGACCAGAAUAUUGAAGACCACUACAAACACCAAGGGAGAAAUCUAAGAAGUCAUAUGGUAGAGAGGCUCUGUCAAAGUAAAGAAAGUAGUCGGUGUAGAGGAAUUUUUAGCCAGAUUCCAAAUCAUAAUCUGAGCAAGAAAACUCCUGGAGUAAAACCAUGUGAAAGCAAAAUGUGUGGAGAAGUCGGCAUGGAUCAUUCAUCCCUAAAUAGGCCCAUCAGAGAUAACAAUGAACAUGAACCAAGUGAAUAUCAGGACUAUGGAGAGAAGCCACAUAUGCGUAACCAGUGUUGGAAAGCCUUCAGUCCUCACCACUCCUUUCGAACACAUGAAAUUGUUCACACUGGAGAGAAACUCUAUGAUUGUAAGGAAUGUGGAAAAACCUUCUUUUCUCUCAAAAGAAUUAGGAGACACAUGAUAACGCAUAGUGGAUAUGUACCAUAUAAAUGUAAAGUGUGUGGGAAAGCCUUUGAUUAUCCUAGUAGAUUUCGGACACAUGAAAGAAGUCACACUGGAGAGAAGCCUUACAAAUGUAAGGAAUGUGGGAAAGCCUUCACUUGUAUCACAAGUGUUCGAAGACACAUGGUAAAGCACACUGGAGAUGGACCUUAUAAAUGUAAGGUAUGUGGGAAACCUUUUCAUUCUCUGAGUUCAUUUCAAGUACAUGAAAGAACCCACACUGGAGAGAAACCCUACAAAUGUAAGCAGUGUAGUAAAGCUUUUGUUUCUUCCCCAUCUUUACGCAUACAUGAAAGAACUCACACUGGAGAGAAACCUUAUGAAUGUAAGCAGUGUGGGAAAGCCUUCAGUUACCUCCCCUCCCUUCGAUUACAUGAAAGGAUUCACACUGGAGAGAAACCCUUUGCAUGCAAACAAUGUGGUAAAGCCUUUAGAUCUAUCAGUACCUUUCGAAUCCAUGAAAGGACUCACACUGGAGAAAAACCCUAUGAAUGUAAGGAAUGUGGGGAAGCCUUCAGUUGUAUCCCAAGUUUUCGAAGACACAUGAUAAAACACACUGGAGAUGGACCUUAUAAAUGUAAGGUAUGUGGGAAACCAUUUCAUUCUCUGAGUCCAUUCCGAAUACAUGAAAGAAGUCACACUGGAGAGAAACCCUAUGAAUGUAAACAUUGUGGUAAAGCUUUUGUUUCAUCCACCUCUAUUCGAAUACAUGAAAGAAUUCACACUGGAGAGAAACCCUAUCAAUGUAAGCAGUGUGGAAAAGCCUUCAGUUAUCUUAACUCCUUUCGAACACAUGAAAUGAUUCACACUGGUGAGAAACCCUUUGAAUGUAAACAAUGUGGUAAAGCCUUUAGAUCUUCUAGUUCCUUUCGAAUGCAUGAAAGGACUCACACUAGACAGAAACCCUAUGAAUGUAAGGAAUGUGGAAAAGGCUACUUUUGCCAUGCAAGCUUUCAAAGACACAUGAUAGCACACUGGAGGUGGACUUUAUAAAUGUAUGAAGGAAAGCCCUUGAAGCUCCAAAUUCAUUGCAAUAUGGUAUGUGAAAGUACUCACACUUAGAGAGAAGCCUUUUGAAUGUAAGCAGUGUAAGAAAGCAUUAAAUCUGUCAGUGCCUUUUUAACACAUAGAAGAAGCCAUUUAAAUGUAAUUAAUGUGGGAAAGCUUUCAGUUAUCAUAACUCCUUUUGAAUACAUGAGAGGACUUACUGGAGAGAAACCAUAUAAAUGUAAACAAUGUGGGAAAUCUUUUACUUGUUUCUUUUCAAAUACAAAAAGAAAUCAACUGGACCAAAAAAACCUAUGAACAUAAGGACUAUGGGAAAAUAUUAUUGCAGUUACCUUCAAAGACAUAAAGAGCUCACACUGAGAAAGAAACCCUGAGGGUAAAACAUAGGGUAAAGUCUUCACUAGCCUCACUUACUAUCUAAUAUGUGAAAGAAUUCACACUAGAGAGAAACCCUAUAAAUAUAAGAAAUGUAGUAAAACCUUCAAUUCUUCUAGUUUCUUUCAGGUACCUGAAAGAACUCAUUAUGGAGAAAAAACAAAUACUUUUGAAAGGAACUCAUAUUUGAGAAAAAUCCUAUGUAAAGAAUGUGGGAAAGUUUUUAUCACCACACAGUCUUUCUGUCACACAUAAGACUGCAUAGUGGAGAGAGUAAAUGUAGUGUGGGAAAGCCUUUAGUCAUUUUAGCUCAAUUUGAAGCCAUGAAAAAACACGUAGACGAGAACAAACUCUUGAAUAUAAGCAAUGUCCCAAAGUCUAUAGUGAGCCCACAUGCUUACAACAAUAUUUAAGAAAGCACACUGGAUCAGAACCCUGUAAAUGUGAAAAACAAAAGAAGGGUUUCAAUUUUAACAAAUACUUACAAUGUUAUUUGAAAAUACCUAAAGUCGCAAAAUCUUAUAAAUAAGUAAUAUGAAAAGGCUCAUGCAUACCAAUUCAUUUACAGUGCUCCAGGAAAUAUGCAGCCUCAAAGAAAUGUAGAAGUAAUAGAUGGUGUUCAUUAGUAGCUCAUACUUAAAAUAGUUAUGGACUAUGGAGAUAUUUAAUUCUUACUCUCACAAGGAACCAUUGAGUUGAUGUAAUUCUUACUCUCACAAGGAACCAUUGAGUUGAUGUAAUUCUGUAAGUAAUCUUAAAGCAUUGUGCAUGAAUUUCAUUGGAAGUGUUAUUUUA